CUUGACGUGUUUACAGGUGCCGAAAUUUACGGUUCACCCUAAUAUCCUGUCUAGAUCGGUACACACAGUUUCAGAGUUCAUCGGAUUUGGCGUUGAGAUUGGUUAUGGUUAAGGCAUUGUUUGAUUAUUGCAGCUCUUUCUCCUCAGAUUCAUCGAUUAGGUUUGAGGUAUUGGGGUUCCUGAAGAUCAGCUGCUACUGGCAUUGAUGUUCUUUGGGGAUUGGCACUGCAAAUGGUUGGGAAAUUGUUGCUCUGCCUGUUCUUGGUUACGUCAAUCAUCUUUGUGCUUUCUUGGUCCUUUGUGUUGCAUUCCACGGGCCAAAUUCACUUCCUUGACUACCCUUUGUUGCACAAUCCGAUUUUCCCCGCUAUGAAUGAUGUAAAUUCUGGUGUUUCAACCCGAGGCAAUGACGAGCAUUACAACGACGAGGUGAAAGGCGAAAAGGAUGGGAAUUCGGUAGGGCAAGAGAUAGGUAAAUGUAUGUGCGAGGUACCAGGGGAGGAGCCUCUUAAGGUUUACAUGUACGACAUGGACCCCGAGUUUCAUUUCGGAUUGUUAGACUGGAAACCUGAAGGGAAUAGCAGCAAGAGUGUAUGGCCAGAUAUCCGAAAGCAUAUCCCGCCUUAUCCCGGGGGCUUGAACUUGCAACACAGCAUUGAGUAUUGGCUCACAUUAGAUCUCCUUGCAUCAGAAUUUCCCGAUAUCCCAAGAGCUAACGCUGCAAAACGGGUUCAUAACUCUAGUGAAGCCGAUGUCAUCUUUGUGCCCUUCUUCUCCUCUCUGAGCUAUAACCGGUUCUCGAAUGUCAGUCCUCACCGAAAAACCAGCAGAAACAAGGAGUUGCAGGAAAAGCUGGUUAAGUUCUUGACAGUACAAGAUGAGUGGAAGAGAUCAGGUGGUAGAGACCAUGUUGUUCUUGCUCAUCAUCCAAACAGCAUGCUUGAUGCCAGAAACAAGCUGUUUCCGGCAAUGUUUAUACUCUCGGACUUCGGGAGGUACCCUCCUACUGUGGCAAACCUUGAGAAAGAUGUUAUCGCCCCUUAUAAGCAUGUCAUCAAAUCAUAUGAAAACGAUAUGUCUGAUUUCGAUAGCCGGCUGAUUUUGCUCUACUUUCAAGGUGCCAUCUACCGAAAAGAUGGCGGGUUUGUCCGUCAGGAACUGUUCUACCUUCUACGAGACGAAAAGGACGUUCAUUUCUCGUUCGGGAGCGUGAAAAACGACGGCGUAAACAAAGCCACUCAGGGAAUGCACAAUUCCAAGUUCUGCCUCAACAUUGCCGGAGACACACCUUCCUCAAACCGCCUAUUCGAUGCAAUCGCUAGCCACUGUGUCCCCGUCAUCAUCAGCGACGGCAUCCAGCAUCUCAAGGGGGAUCCGGGACAAGGUUUGAUUUUUCGGGCAGCUUCCGAUCUUAGAUUACGGGGUUGGUGCGAUGCGGAUUACGCCGGUUGCCCGCUUUCUAGGAAGUCGUUGAGUGGUUGGUUCAUUCAACUCGGGCCAUCGCCAAUCUCUUGGAAGACCAAGAAACAGUCCAUUCCGUCUCUGUCUUCGGCUGAAUCGGAGUAUCGGGCCAUGCGCCUCGCCACCUGUGAGCUUUUGUGGAUCAAGAGCCUUUUGUCCAGCUUCGGUGUCGAGCAUUCGACCCCUAUGACAUUGUAUUGCGAUAGUCAAGCAGCCUUACAUAUUGCCCACAACGACGUGUAUCAUGAUCGAACCAAACAUAUCGAGGUGGAUUGUCAUUUUCUCCGGCAUCAUCUUGAUCACGGACACAUCUCUACGAGUCAUGUUUCCACCCGUGAACAAUUAGCUGACAUUUUCACCAAAGCGUUGGGCAAGAAAGAGUUCGCUUGGUUCAUCGACAAGUUGGGUGUACAACACUUGCACUUACCAACUUGA